CAUGAGCCAGCAGAACGGAAGGUCGCUUAGGUCUGAGUGUAACUGUGGUUACACGUAAACGCAGCGGACCUUGCAUUCUGAUGGCUUUGGAAAAUCGCAUUUUGAUGCAUUUGUGACAUGGGCUGCGGGACAAGUAAAGUGCUGCCGGAACCCCCCAAGAACUGCUACGUGGAUUUUGUGAAAUCGGUGGUGAAAUGUAACAACAAGCAGAAACUAUGCGAUGAGGAGCCCCUUAAACCAUCUGGGAAGAAAACCGAUUUCUGGGGUAUUUAUAACCCUGGGGAGUAUCAACAGCAGCAGCAGCAGCAACAGAACCAGCACUUGCUAUGGCAGGAAGGAGUGAAACGGAAUAAAGUCGCAAAAUAUAGAGCGAAGUUUGAUUCAAGAGUGACAGCCAGGUACGACAUCAAGGCUCUCAUAGGAAGGGGAAGCUUCAGCAGGGUGGUUAGAGUAGAGCACAGGGCCACCAAGCAACCGUUUGCCAUCAAGAUGAUAGAAACCAAAGCCAAGGAGGGGCGGGAGGUGUGCGAAUCAGAACUGCGUGUGCUCAGGAGAGUCAGCCACUGCAAUAUCAUCCAGCUCAUCGAGGUCCUGGAGUCCCAGGAGCGCGUCUACAUGGUGAUGGAGCUGGCUACCGGAGGGGAGCUUUUUGACAGAAUCAUCGCUAAAGGCUCAUUCACUGAACGGGAUGCAACGCAGGUCCUGCAGAUGGUUUUAGAUGGAGUGAAGUACUUGCACAGCUUGGGGAUUUCCCAUAGGGAUUUGAAACCAGAGAACCUGUUGUACUAUCAUCCAGGUACAGACUCAAAGAUCUUGGUAACUGAUUUCGGAUUGGCUAACUCAGGCAAUAAAGGCGGAGACUGGUCAAUGAGGACGACCUGUGGGACACCAGAGUAUAUUGCACCAGAGAUCCUGUUGAGGAAGCCCUACACCAGUGCAGUGGACAUGUGGGCUCUUGGUGUGAUCACGUACAUUUUACUGAGUGGAUCUAUGCCAUUUGAAGAUGAGAACCGCACAAGGCUUUACAGAAUGAUCCUGAAGGGAAAGUAUAGCUUCGUUGGUGAUCCAUGGCCCAGCGUCUCCAACCUGGCUAAGGACUACAUCAACAGGCUGUUGACAGUUGACCCAAGCGAACGCAUGACUGCGACCCAGGCACUAAAGCACCCAUGGAUAGUUACCAUGGCAGCUUCAUCCUCCAUGAAGAACCUCCACCGCUCUAUCUCCCAGAACCUGAUGCGUCGGGCAUCCUCCCGCUGCCAGAGCUCCAAGUCGGGGCAGUCCAGUCGCUCUAACCGGUCCCGUCGCAUCUGGGAGAAGGAGAUCCUGGAGCGCAACCUGAAAUACCAGCCCCACUACGAGCAACAAUGAUUCCAUGAGGGGGGCUGUUUAAGGACAUGACUUUCAAAGUCAAAUAGUGUGUUUACACUUACAACUCGGACCUGAACUGGCUCAGAGUCAGCUCAGAUCCGAGUUCUACUCAGAUUAGAAGAUUCUAAUAAUAUGAACCACCCAUUUACACUUAUGGCAUAGAAUACGAGUGCACAGCCCGUGAACUGUAGUGAGUACCUGAUGGCGUCAUAUUGACCACCCCUUGUGUGAAGCCAGUUCCCAUCCCCAAAGCACAGAGGAAGUGUUUAAAUCAACAAGCCUGUCAUGUGUGUCACUUGUGUGUUUCUACUUCAAUUUGGUCAUUCCAGAUAAAAUGUUGCCAUUAGAAAUGAAGCGAUGCAUUGAAAACCUGCAUAUCAGACAUUGAAAAAAAAGUGUUAUUUUAUACAUUUACACAUCAGUCUGACAACUCUUCUUAUAUGGAAAUGUAAACAAUAACUCCCGUUUAUUCUCUUACCCAUGAAAAAGAUGUAUUUGUGCUAUUCAACAAAAUCGAAACUCAUUAAUUUAAUAGCUAAAAAGAACCAUCUGCAACUUUCAAUUGUGUACUCUUCUCUCCCCAGAACUCAAGUUUAUUUACCAUAUACUAUAUGCUAGUACAGUGAUGCAUGUAAUAAAACAAGCACCCUGCGUAGGUCUAAAAGCAUGUUACUUUUAAAGAAAUGACUGUAUUCGCCCCGUGAAGGAAACCUUUCAUUUUCAUAGCGACUUUACUGUAAAGAUUUGUUUAAUUCUAAAUAGAGGUACCCACAAAACCGAACAUUUCCUAAUAUUGAUACGUAUCAAAAUACGAUCACAGGUCUGUAGAUAUGUGUGAAAAAUAAUAUUUCUGACAAUAAAGUUUCAUGACAGUUAGGCUGGUUUUACAUUUAUCCCACAUGAAUUAUUAAAUGUCUUUUCACAUUAUAGCACAAAUAUGAAAGUCUGUUUGUAUUUUGGAAUCCUCUGCCUCUGUCAUUCUCAGCGUUCUGUCAAAUAUAUAUUUUUUGGCUCUGCUGUCCUAGUAACAAUCACAACUUCCUGUUGCUAUUGUUCUGUGCCUUUUUGAUGCUGACAAUGGGGGGCAUUGCCCACGAGUAUACGUGGCAAACAUCAGCUGUCUCAGGGACCGUUGUGUUCACGUUACAGCAAAAAACAGACCAGAGUAGGUCACUUUUAGGGCGGCUGGACCAAGGAUGGCUGCAUUUACACACACAAAAAAAGACCUAAUCCGUCUCAGAGUCGGCUUAACAGUGGCUCGUGUAAACGGUAGAAAUGAGACCGGUCUGUAUUGAGUUCAGUUGCUCAGUUUAAUGCCUGUGCCAAAUACAAGUUUUGAUAAUUGAUGUUUCCAGCCACAACUAGUACUUAUCUGGGCCCCCAUUCCUCUUUUUGCCUUAUUUAAACCCAUCAAAUAUACACUGAGUGUACAAAACAUUAGGAACACCUUCCUAAUAUUGAGUUGCACCCCCUUUUGCCCUCAGAACAGCCUCAAUUCAUCGGGGCAUGGAUGCUACAAGGUGUCGAAAGCAUACCACAGGGAUGCUGGCCCAUGUUGACUCCAAUGCUUCCCACAGUUGUGUCAAGUUGGCUGGUAGUGGAUCUCUACUCUGAAUAGCUCCUUCCAUCUCAUCCCACAGAUGCUCAAUUGGAUUGAGAUCUGAUGACUGGGCAGGCCACUGCAGUAAGCUGAAUUCACUGUCAUGUUUGUGGAACCAUUCCUGGACAAUCCUAGCCUUGUGGCAUGGGGCAUUAUCCUGCUGAAAAAAUCCAUUAGCAGAUGGAUACACUGCUGCCAUGAAGGGAUGCACCUGAUUGGCAGUGAUGUUCAGAUAUCCUGUGUUAUUCAAACGUUGCUCUACUUUUAUCAAGGGGCCCAAUGAUUGCCAUGAAAACACACCCCACACCAUCACACCACCACCACCAGCCUGCAAUGUUGACACGCAGCAUGAUGGAUGUAUGUACUCAUGUGGUUUUCUCCAUACCCUAGUCCUCCCAUCAGCGUGAAACAGCAGGAACCGGGAUUCAUCAGACCAGGCAAUGUUUUUCCAAUCUUCUAGUGUCCAGUGUUUUCGUUCCUUAGCCCACUGCAACCGCAGUUUCUUGUGUUUUGCUGAAAGAAGUGGAACUCUGUUAGGUUGUCGGCUGCCAUACCCCAUUCGU